AUGACUUCCUCACCCCCUUCCCCCCUCGUCCGAGCCCUCUUCUCCAUCGGGCUCGAAGCGCUCCUCACUCUCUCCCAUGACGGCCUUCUCAUCCUACUCCAACGCAUGCUGCGAAUGUACGCCUACGGCAGCUCCACGCUCGUCCUUGCGCUCCUUUUCUCCUCUUUGGGGCUCUCGGACACCCAACUAGGCGCGUUUAUGACCCUUACCCUGCUGGGAGACGUCCUCGUUAGCUUGCUGUUGACGCUCGUGGCGGAUAGGCUGGGGAGGAGGAAUAUCCUCAUGGCGGGGGCAGGGCUGAUGCUUGUCAGCGGGGUGGUAUUCGCCUUGAGCAGCAGCUACGCAGUGCUCCUCCUCGCCGCUAUAGUCGGGGUUAUCAGCCCCAGCGGAAACGAGAUAGGCCCAUUCCGCGCGAUCGAAGAAUCUAUCCAAGCGCAAAUCACACCUUCCCCACUCCGAGCCGACAUAUUCGCCAUCUCCGGCAUGCUGGGUUUCCUCUCUGCCGCAGCUGGGCAGGCCUCGAUAGGGUGGGCAACGGAGCGUCUUAUCCGGGCGGAGUGGGGUGAGCUAGGGGCGUACAGGGCUGUGUUCUGGGUGUAUGCGGGUUGUGCGGCUGGGAAGCUGCUGUUGACGCUGGGGAUGAGUGAGGGGUGUGAGGUCGAGAAGAAAGAGGAUUAUAGGCCUGUGGAAGAGGAUGAGAUCCCUUUGCAGGAAGAAGACGGUCUGGAGCUACCGGACACACCAGAGGCAGAAACGCCGCUCCCUCCCACGCCGUCAAAGCUCAAGCAUCCUAAGCCUCUGAGUCUGUUCUCCCGUUUUACCAGCCUCUUCCCGACGUUGUCCCCCGAAUCCCGCUCCAUCGUCUGGAAGCUCUCCCUCCUCUUCGCGCUGGACAGCCUCGGGGGCGGACUCGUCCCCCAGUCCUUCGUCGUCUACUUCUUCUACCAAAAGUUCGGGCUCGCAACAUCCGUCCUAGGCAUGAUAUUCAGCAUCACAUCCGUCGUUUCCGGGAUCUCGAACCUCGUCGCUGUGGCGAUCGCCAAGCAGAUCGGUUUGGUGCGGACGAUGGUGUACACCCACCUGCCUUCGGCGAUCUUCCUCUCCCUCACUCCUGCAAGCUCGAACCUCUACAUAGCAGCAGCAUGCAUCAUCCUCCGCUCCUCGACAUCCUCCAUGGACCGCGCGCCGCGGACAGCGUUCACAGCCCAAGUAGUGCUGAAAGAAGAACGCACAGGCGUGUUGGGGAUCGUCAAUGUCGCGCGGACGCUUGCUCAGGCUGCGGGGCCUUGGAUCUCGGGACGCCUGAGCGAGACGGGGCAUUUGUGGCUUAGCUUUGUCGUUGCUGGAGGGAUGAAAGCGGUGUAUGAUCUUGGUAUAUUGGCGGUGUUCUUGAAUACGAAACCGAGGGAGGAGGGCGCGUGA